AUGAGGACCAAGCAAGUGAACUUGAUGAUCGCCCUCGUCGCCGCCGCGCUCUUCAGCUUCUCCUGCUUCUCCAUCUCCAGAUUGACUCAAACCAGUAAUCAACUAAUUAGUUGUAGAAACCAUAUUUCGGAGUUUAAGGAAAAUAUACUACGUUUAAAAAACAAAACUGAAAAACAUAACGAAGAGCUGGUGGAAGCCCUGAAGCAAAUAAAGUAUGACAAUACACAGAGAAAAAAUGCAUUAGAAUACUCAGUUGAGAAGACAAUAGGUACAUCGAGUAAAAAUGAAGCAGUAUCUAAUAUAUUUGAAGAAUUCAAGUUCUUUUUUCCUCAUCUAAAGAAAGAAGGCAGAAUUUAUCCUGAUGUAGUUGUAAGCAAAGGGAAAACAGGUGUUUCUUUUGCACUGGGUAUUUCCACUGUUAACAGAAGAAAUUAUACUUACCUGAAGCAAACACUGACCUCUGUUGUCUCCAGGAUGACGCCUUCAGAAGAAAAGAACUGUGUGGUGAUCGUCUCUGUUGCAGAUAGUAAUAAAGAUUACUUACAAUCUGUUGUUAACCUGAUUACAAAAAGAUUCAAAAAGCAAGUGAAGUCUGGUACCUUAGAGAUCAUUUCAGUACCUGCCUUUAUUUAUCCGAACACAUUAAAUGCCAAGCAAUCAACUGAGUACUCACAAAAAUUUGAGAGUUGGCACACCAAACAACUACUGGAUGUUUGCAUUUUGAUGCUAUAUGCCCAAUCCAAGGCCAUGUAUUAUUUACAGCUGGAAGAUGAUAUUAUAGCUAAAGAGAUGUACCUUACAAAAAUAAGGAAUUUUGUACAUAAUAUGACAUCACAUAAGUGGUUUUACAUUGAGUUUUCAAUUCUUGGAUUCAUAGGAUUACCAGUUCUGAGGGCAAAUGAGUAUAAGCAGAGAAACUGUAAACAACGAAAAAAGAAAACCCGCAUUGUGUAUAAACCUUCUCUUUUCCAGCAUGUGGGUAUACAUUCAUCACUCCCUGGUAAAGAACAACAUUACAAAAUAAAAUUCAGGACUUGUAAAACAGAAGGCGGAAUCGCUUUGUUUGCACAGAGAGCAAGGCGCUCAGAAGAGAAGUCUUUGGACUCACAAGAGGGAAUUCCUUGUUACCCCCAAGCAGGAGCCCAGCUGCGCCCUACGGGCGCGCUUGGCUGCGGUGCGGCGCGGGGUCGCGGGGUCGCGGGGUCGGGGGCGCGCUCGGCGGCGAGGAGGCGGGCCGGCGAAGGGGGCGCGGGGGGCGCGGGGGCGCGGGGUUGCGGGGUCGCGGCUGCGCGGCGGUUGAGCCCCACGUGCAGGUGCGCGCCCCAGGCGCCUCCGGCAGCCGCCUCCCCCUGCUUGCCGCCGCACGCGCAUGCGCGGUUAGCAGUCGCUGCUGCGCGGCCGCCAGCGGGAUUGGUCUGGGGAGACGCCGGGACCAAGUGGCAGCGAUUCGGUCAUCUGAGCUGCCGCUGCCGAAAACAGGCCCUCAAGACAGGUGCGUGA